AAUAACGUAGUUAGCUCGCCAGUUAUUUAGCUAACGGUGCAAAUACUUGAUAGAGGUUGUUUGGUAACCUAGUUAGUAAGAGUGCAGUAAGUAAAAAAAGGUUAAAUGUUUUCUUAAAUAUAGACGGUUUUAGCCAUAGUUGUACAGUGAAUCGAUUGAAAAGUGGAAUUUUAGUUGUAUGUUGUUGAAGUGUGAAGACUUAAGACAAGGUUACCUAAACGUUAAAAAAAAAGCCCACAAAUCGAUUUUAUUGUGAAAAAUGGCUUCCACGGACGGACCGUUGAAGUCUCUGUUUGAAAACAAGACCUUGAGCAAGCCCAAGAAGGAUGCCAAGAGACUUUCUGUGGAACGCAUCUACCAGAAGAAGACCCAGCUGGAGCACAUUCUGCUCCGGCCGGACACCUACGUUGGUUCCGUGGAACCCCUCACUCAGCCUAUGUGGGUGUUUGAUGCAGACAUUGGUAUGAAUUGCAGGGACAUCACAUUUGUUCCAGGCCUCUACAAGAUCUUUGACGAAAUCCUGGUCAAUGCUGCCGAUAACAAGCAGAGAGACAGUAACAUGAACUGUAUCAAGAUCAACAUUGACCUAGAGAACAAUUCCAUCAGCAUCUGGAACAAUGGGAAGGGCAUUCCUGUGGUGGAGCACAAGGUGGAGAAGAUGUAUGUGCCCGCUCUCAUCUUCGGCCAGCUGCUCACCUCCAGUAACUAUGAUGACGAUGAAAAGAAGGUCACAGGUGGCCGUAAUGGAUACGGUGCCAAGCUGUGCAACAUCUUCAGUACCAAGUUUAUUGUGGAGACGGCAUGCCGAGAGUCCAAGUCCUCAUUCAAGCAGACGUGGUACGAAAACAUGGGCCGCGCGGGUGAGGCUGCCCUCCGCCCUUUCACCGGUGAUGACUACACCUGCAUCACCUUCUGGCCUGACCUGGCCAAGUUCAAGAUGCAGUCACUGGACCGGGACACAGUGGCACUGAUGACGCGCCGCGCCUACGACAUCGCCGGCUCCACCAAGGGCGUGAAGGUCUUCUUCAACGGCACCCGCCUGCCGGUGAAUGGGUUCCGUAGCUAUGUGGACCUGUAUGUGAAGGACAGGACGGAUGAGACAGGCUCUUCCCUCACUGUAGUGCAUGAGGUGGUGAACCCACGCUGGGAGGUCUGCCUCACCAUGAGUGAAAAGGGAUUCCAGCAAGUCAGCUUCGUCAACAGCAUUGCCACCACCAAGGGUGGCAGACACACAGACUACGUGGCUGACCAGAUCGUGUCCAAACUGAUUGAGGUGGUGAAGAAGAAGAACAAGGCAGGGGUGGUGGUCAAACCGUUCCAGGUGAAGAACCACAUGUGGCUGUUUGUGAACUGCCUGAUCGAGAAUCCCAGCUUUGACUCUCAGACCAAAGAGAACAUGACGCUGCAGCAGAAGAGUUUUGGCUCCACCUGCACCCUCAGCAAUAAGUUCAUCAAGCAGGCCAACAGCUGCGGCAUCGUGGACAGCGUGAUGAACUGGGUGAAGUUCAAGGCCCAGAACCAGCUCAAUAAGAAGUGCUCCGCCGUCAAGCACACCAAGAUCAAGGGCGUGCCCAAGCUCGACGACGCCAACGACGCAGGUGGAAAGAACUCUGGCGGCUGCACUCUGAUCCUAACUGAAGGGGACUCGGCCAAAACUCUGGCCGUGUCCGGACUCAGCGUGGUGGGCCGCGAUCGCUACGGGGUUUUCCCCCUGCGUGGAAAGAUCCUCAACGUCCGGGAGGCUUCGCACAAACAGAUCAUGGAUAACGCAGAGAUCAAUAACAUCAUCAAGAUCCUGGGACUGCAGUACAGGAAGAACUACAGCGACCCAGAGUCUCUCAAGACCCUCCGCUAUGGCAGGCUCAUGAUCAUGACAGAUCAGGAUCAGGAUGGGUCUCACAUUAAAGGACUCCUUAUCAACUUCAUCCACCAUAACUGGCCCUCACUUCUACAUCACAACUUCCUGGAGGAGUUCAUUACUCCUAUUAUUAAGGUGUCUAAUAAGAAACAGGAGCUCUCUUUUUACAGUAUCCCAGAGUUCACUGAGUGGAAGGAGAAACAGAGUAAUAUCAAAUCGUGGAAGGUCAAAUACUACAAAGGUCUGGGUACCAGCACGGCCAAGGAGGCAAAAGAGUACUUCUCUGACAUGGCGAGGCAUCGCAUCCCAUUCAAGUACUCGGGCCCUGCUGAUGAUGAGGCCAUCACCCUGGCCUUUAGUAAGAAGAAGGUGGAAGAGCGGAAGGAGUGGCUCACCAAUUUCAUGAUCAACAGACGACAGCGUCGCGAGCACAACCUUCCAGAGGAGUAUCUGUAUGGUAAAGAGACAUCGUCCCUCACCUACCACGACUUUGUGAAUAAGGAGCUGGUCUUGUUCUCCAACUCUGACAACGAGCGAUCCAUCCCCUGCCUGGUGGAUGGCCUGAAACCGGGCCAGAGGAAAGUGCUGUUCUGCUGCUUCAAGCGUAAUGAUAAGCGGGAGGUGAAGGUAGCCCAGCUGGCUGGUUCUGUGGCGGAGAUGUCUGCCUACCAUCACGGAGAGAUCUCGCUGAUGAUGACCAUCGUGGGUCUGGCACAGAACUUUGUGGGCAGUAACAAUCUGAACCUGCUCCAGCCUCUGGGUCAGUUUGGCACACGUCUACAUGGAGGAAAAGACUCAGCCAGCCCCAGAUAUAUCUUCACCAUGCUCAGUUCUCUCACCCGCCUGCUGUUUCCCGCCGUCGACGACAACCUGCUGAAGUAUAACUAUGAUGAUAACAUACGCGUGGAGCCCGAGUGGUACAUUCCCAUCAUCCCCCUGGUGCUCGCCAAUGGCGCGGACGGCAUCGGCACCGGCUGGGCCAGCCGCCUUCCCAACUAUGACGUACGCGAGAUCGUCACCAACGUGCAUCGUAUGCUCGACGGGGAAGAACCGCUGCCCAUGCUGCCCAGUUAUAAGGGCUUCAAAGGUACCAUUGAAGAGGUGACAACCAACCAGUACAUGAACAGCGGCGAGGUGGCCAUCAUUGACUCCACCACCAUCGAGAUCUCCGAGCUGCCCGUGAAGACGUGGACUCAGACCUACAAGGAGAACGUGCUGGAGGUUAUGCUGAACGGCUCUGAGAAGGCCCCUGCUCUGAUCACUGACUAUAAGGAAUACCACACCGACACCAGCGUGCGCUUCCUGGUCAAGAUGACUGAGGAGAGACUGAGGGAAGCAGAGGCAGCUGGCCUGCACAAGGUCUUCAAACUCCAGAACCCCCUCACCUGCAACUCUAUGGUGCUGUUCGACCACGUGGGCGGCCUGAAGAAGUACGAGACGGUGCAGGACAUCCUGAAAGACUUCUUCGAGCUGCGGCUGAAGUACUAUGUCCUGAGGAAGGACUGGCUGCUUGGCAUGCUGGGAGCAGAGAACACCAAGCUGUCCAAUCAGGCACGCUUCAUACUGGAGAAGAUCCAGGGCAACCUGGUCAUCGAGAACAAACCCAAGAAGGAGCUGAUCCGCAUGCUGCAGCAGAUGGGUUACGACUCGGAUCCUGUGAAGGUCUGGAAGCAAGCCCAGGAGAAGGAGGUGGAAGAGGAGGCAGGGGAGGAGGAGGAGGAGAAGAGCCGAGAGGAAGAGUCCUCGGGGCCCGACUACAACUACCUGCUGUCAAUGCCCAUGUGGUACCUCACGAAGGAGAAGAAAGAUGAGCUCUGCAGGCAGAGGGACGCCAAGCUGACAGAGUUGAACGUGUUGAAGAAGAAGAGCCCGGCAGACCUGUGGAGGGAGGAUCUGGCUGCCUUCACUGAGGAGCUGGAGCGUGUGGAGCAGUCCGAGAAGGAGGCUCAGGUGUGCGUGACCCAGGUGAAGUUGAAGGGGGGCAGGACCAAGGUGGUCAAGAUGAAGAACGAGACCAUGCCGACCCCACAGGGUCGCAGGGUCAUCCCCCGCAUCACCAGCACCAUGAAGGACCAGGCCGCCAAGAAGGCCGGAGGCAAGCGGACCAAAGUCAAGACGGAGUGUGGUGGUGGUCUGGUGAUGAAGAUGGAGAUUGAUGAAGGAGAUGGAGGGUUGGAAGGCAGAGAUUCACAGGAAAUGGGGCUGGCUGCCCGUCUCAAAAAGCAGGCGACCAAAGACAAAGGCUCCAGGUCCGCAAAGCAGACCACCCUGCAGUUCAAGCCCGUGAAGAAGGAGAAGAGGAACCCUUGGUCUGAGGAUGAAGAGGACGAAGACUGCUUGCCUGCCUCUGACACAGCAGAAAGUUCUGGAGAAGUGGCACCCAGGGAGAAACGUGAGAGGAAAGCUCAAGCUACUGCUAAAUACUCCCUGUCCAGCAGUGAGGAUGAAUCUGGCCAAUGGGAGAGCCUAGCCAAACCGAAAGCUCCAUGUAUGGAUGAUGAUGAUGAUGAUGAUAGCGACGAUGACAACAAUAUGUUUGCCCCAGAGCCCAGUGCUGCAUCUGAAAGUGAGCCGGAAUCCCCUGUCCAGCCUCCUCCGAAAAAAGCUGCAGCCAAACCUAGAAAACCAAAGGAGGAAAAGCCAGUAAAGGACACACACGGCUCUGAAAGUGCUGCUCUUAAACCUCCACCCAAGCCCAAAGAUGCUGUGAAGAAAGCAGCAGCCAAGAAGACAACUGCUGCAACCAAGCAGAAAGGAACAGACGUCAAGCAGUCCUCUAUCCUGGACGCGUUUUCCAAGCCCCCCACUAAACCAGCUGCCAGUAAAAAGGCUACUGCCAGUAAAAAGACCACCGCCCCCAAGACGACGUCCAGCGAAUCAGAGAGCUCUGCCGCAGCUGCCAAGAAGGCGCCCGGUCGCAAGAGGAAGGUGGUGGGCCCGAGCAGUGAGGACUCGGACAGCGACUCCGACGGAGGAAACCUCGUUGCCCGCAUCAAGGGCAAAGCCACAGCUGCAGGAAAGAAGAAUAAGUGGGAGGACGAUGAUAGCUUCGCCCUGGAUGUGACCUCAUCUGCCAUAGCUCCGAGGACGAAAACAACACGCAACACCAAACCGGUGCACUACGCCAUCGUCUCUGACUCUGACGAGGGCUUUUAGUCUUCAGCUCUUGUCCAGGGUUGCAGGUCAUUAACUUGCAAUUUUGCUGUUUUACUCAUGUUUUGUGAAGAUUGAGAUUUUUAUAGAACUGUGAUGUAAAUAUUUUCUAUUUCUUUUUUUCUACUCCAAAUUUGCAUAAAUAAACUUUGUUCAGUCUUUGAA